UUCAUUAUACACCACAAGCUUCAUUAUGAGUAUCAACCCAAAUCGUUGGCUCACCAACGGACCAGUACCAAAGACAACACACCCAGCAGGAUCAGCCAACACGACGGCACAUGUUCAACUGUACGUGUCCUUCAAUCUGCAUCACUCACCUAUGUAAUAUUGACAUGCUCUCUGCGCACCCGCUCAGACCCAACCGCCUCAGGCACAUCCUUCAAGUUAAUUCAGGCAUGCGCUACGACGUUCGCAAACCCACGCAGGAAGGGAUCGCGUCAUCUACAUGGCAACAAAUCAGCCACCUUCCAGCAUUAUUAGAUGUGCCCACAUUCAAUAUUCUCAUCAUCUCGAAGGCAUUCCCUUGGUCAAUCGUGAUCCGUGCGCCUGCCGGGUCUGUGGUCACAUGCGGCGCGAUCUUUGAGGAAUUGCAUAAACAGCUUCAAAGGCACAUCGAAGACUCGGAGUGGGGAACCGUGGCUGUUGAUAAGACACGGAGGGAAGCAAUCCAAAAAGCUGCAAAGUCGAGGCAAGAGAAGGACAAGGUCAAUCGACUGAAGAGAGUUGAUUGGCUGGGGGAUACGUCAAUGUUUGAGGGGCUGGAGAAGGACAAGGAAUUUGAGAAGCAGAGACAUUUACCCGGAAAUGCGAAUGUUACGGAGACAUGGGUAGUGAGAUUUGGGAAACGGUGAUAGUUACAUAUGUGAUCAAUGUAUCAUCGAUAUCAUCCACCUGUGACUCUCACGUAUAAUGAGAAGGAGAGGAACGGUACAAUCUCGGUCUCUUGAAAAGAGCCCUAUUACGACGCAGAUAGCAUCAGCCGCGAGCCUCCUUCAGUAUCUCCUCGGUAAAGAGGGAGAAAGAGUAGCUGUAACCGUGCGUCGGCGCGUUAAUGUUCCUGACUUCGGCUAAGCCCGCCCGUUACCCCCCACAAGCUCAGGUGACCUUGUUUUACUUACUACUUGGUGGAGGAUCUCUCUAGUCAUCUGGUAUUAAGUUGGCGUCCCAAUAGCUCUACCCAACCCCGUUGUAGUGAUUUGGUUUGGCAGGGAGAAAUAAGAGCAGGUGUCUAGAUACCAUACCAUAUAUAU